AUGUUUGCAUUAAAAUAACUUUACAGAGGCAGCAGUAAUCUUUUCAAGGCAAACAAAAAUACCACACAGCUUUUUAGCCUACUUGCCAAGUAUCAGCAACCUAUGAUGAUUAUGAAUCAAAAUAGAUGGUUCUCGGCCUUCGUGAACCAUAGAGACACCGAAGACAACAGAGAAGACACUCCCUUUGAGUUCACCCCUGAAAAUUAUGAAUAAAUCAAUGAGAUUAUUGCCAAGUACCCUUCAAAUUACAAACACUCCGCAGUCAUCCCUCUACUCUUUGUUGCCUAGAAAUAAAAUGCUAACUUCCUAACCUUAUCAGCAAUGAAUAAAAUCGCAAAGAUUUUAGAUAUGGCACCAAUGCAAGUAUACGAAGUCGCCUCAUUCUAUACUAUGUUUAACAGAACUAAGGUCGGCAAAUAUCACUUACAAGUUUGUGGAACAACCCCUUGCAUGCUUCGAGGAGCUAGAGAUGUUAUGCAAGCUAUUAGGGAAUACGCUCAUAUUAACAAUGAUGAAAUCAGUGAAGAUGGUCUAUUCACAAUAAGUGAGGUUGAGUGCUUAGGUGCUUGUGUGAAUGCCCCCAUGAUGCAAGUAAAUAAUGAGUGGUUCUAUGAGGAUCUUACCCCAGAGAACACUAUAGCUUUACUUGAGAAAUGGAAGAAAGGUGAGGAACCAAACGUUGGUCCCUAAAUAAAUAGAAAUUGCUCUGAAGGUCCCCUUGGAAGAACAUCUCUUUUCAAGCCAGAGGAGAUUGAAGGAGUUCACGAAAGAGAUUUUGUUGAAGUUAAAAAGUAAUACGAUGAAGCUAAAGCAAAGGCCGCCGCUGCUGCAGCUGCUGCAAAGAAAUGA